GAGAAGGCUUAAGUCCAAAGGCACCGGUUCUUUGGGUGUUGCCUCAGAGAGGGCUGUGUCGAUCCCUCAAAUCACCUAUGAUCACAUUGACGACUCAUCGGAAAAGAAGGAUGUCUCAUUUUUCAUCGAAGAGCCAAGGGGGACAACUGAAGGGAUUAACAGAACGUUCAGGAAAACAGGCCCUCCGCACCACUCUUGGUCAUCUUUCACUCUGAGCUGCCCUGCUUCCCCAGUAAAGGGGAGUGGCGAUAAAAGCACAUCCAUAGACAUCUCCCGUGCCAACAGCCUAACCGAUGACUUAGAUGACAUGAGUGAGGAUAUUACCUUGCCUGUGGUCACCAACAAGAACCAGUGCAUGGUGGGUGAGCUGGGGGUUGCAGUCAGCCACGCAGUCCAGAAGCCAACCAUCAAAGCAGCCACUCAGUUAUCCCAUGCCCAAAGGUCUGCUGUAAAAGUCCUGCGCAGAAUGCAGUACUUUGUGGCCAGGAGGAAAUUUCAGCAAGCCAGGAAGCCCUAUGAUGUGCGAGACGUGAUCGAGCAAUAUUCCCAGGGUCACCUAAACAUGAUGGUUCGCAUCAAGGAGCUGCAGCGAAGGCUGGAUGGCACCCUGGGGAAGCCAGGAAUGUUUUUGCCAGGAAAGGGAGAAGAUAAAGAAUACCCAACUAUUGGUGCACGCAUGAUCAGACUAGAAGAUAAGAUUUACCAGAUGGACCGGAAAAUGGACUCAAUCCUGCGGAUUCUGAUGGAGCAGUUCCCACCCAAGCCAGAUCUGACUUCCAAACCGUCCAUCCGUAGGGUGACCAUCCAGAAGCGAAUGGGCGCCAGCAUCGAUGAGCUUUGGGUUUCGGAAUACAUCAUGGCGGUAAGCACUGUUGCCUCAGACCACAAAGUUCCUGGGUUCAAGUCCUGGCUGAAAGACUGGCUUUCUGUGUAGAGUUUGCUUGGGCAAGCAUGCAUGGGAUUUCUUCUGAUACUGCAAAAAUCACUGUACUUGUUGCUGCAAGAAACAUGCAUUGAGACGUUGGAGAUUCAAAAUUCUCCUUGAAUGAGUGUGUCUCUGAAUGGCUGUGUGUCUCUGUGCACCCUGCGACUGACCAUUUCUCAAUUACAAAUAUGCACCAGUUCGCAUGCAGCCUGUACAGGAUUAAAUGACUGUAGAAAAUGGAUGCUAGCUUGCCCCCGUCUACGUGAAACUUUGGCUACAUGGUGAAAAUAUGAAUUAUUGAAAAGAAAAAUUGAAUAAAUGGAGAUAGAACUCCUUUAGGAGAAUUAAUAAUAAUGCAGAAAAUGUAGAAUGUUUAGUUUUGACUCGCCCAGCAUAAUGGCCUUCAAAACGUUUUUUGGUAUUGAUUCGUCACUUUUUUUUAGAUGGAAAUAUACACUCCUGAUCAAAAGACUGGGAAAUAAAUAAUUACUCGCAUUUCAGGCUUCUGGAUCUUAACCAGGUUGUAAGUAGAAAUUUAAAAUGGAAAAAUAAGAAAAGAGAGGCAAGAGAUCAAACAAAUAGACUAGGCUAAAUACUAAAAACUGCAUUUAAACUUAAACAGGCAGUUCAUCUGCUGAUCAAAAGCUUAAGACAAUUAGCCCUAAAAAGCCAGAAUCUGUGAUUUUAGCUUUUUAAGCCAUUUUAUGUCAGGCAUUUGCACCACCAUGACCCCAAUAUUGGCCUAUUGUAACACUCCACAUCUGCCAAGAUUGGACACAGCAAGUCAGCCAUUUUAAAUUUCUUUAAAAAAUCCAAUCUUUAAAAAAGUCAAUUGUUAGACCCCCAAAAUUUCCCCGGCAUUGAGCCUAGACUGAAUGCAAAGACACAGACAGACAUUUAGGCUCUUACUGAUGCUGACUGCAACUUAAUAACAUUGAGACAGCAUCAGCAAGAGAAAAUGUAUUCAGAGGCCACAUCUCCUCCCAUGCAUCAAACUAGACCUUUUGGACUUUCCAAGAGAUCACCAAUCAUGGAACAUUCAAUUAUAGAAGAAACUUUUAUUUUAUGACAAGAAGAAGUUUAAUCUGGAUGGUCCUGAAAGCUUCCAGUGUUACUGGUAUGACAUAAAGAACCCACUAGAGAUUUCUUCUGUGUAGCACAGAGGAGGAAACUCCCUCAUGAUCUGGGGAACUUUUUAAUUCAAUAGAACAAUGGAGUCUCAGGUAGUAGCAUGGCAUCAAUGCACACUUGGUUACGUGGAGAUUUUGCAGCAGGGCCUUCAUCUGUGCAAACAACUAGUUUAUUCAACUAGACAAGCUGUCAGCUCCAGACUGUGGAUCUCCUUCAUGAAGCUAUCUUCCCUAAAUGGAGCAAUGUUCCCAGCAGCCUUUUUUGGGGGGUGGGGAGUCGCUUCUUGAUCAUGUUUCUUGUUUUUACAUUUUGAAGCUCUACCUCCAACCUAGUUAUGAACCAGCAGCUUCAAAUAUGAAUACUUGUAACUUUUUUCCUUGUUUUUUAAGGAUCGUGAUCAGGAGUGUGUGAAUAUAAUAAGCAAUUUAAAACAUAUCUGGACUCCAGUCAGAUGUUAGGGCUUAGUGUUUGUUACCAUAUUAAGGUAUUUUUACAUACAAACACUUUCUGAAGACACCUACAUCUUUUCUACCAACCUCUGAGUUCUUAGACACUUACACAGCUUGAUCUAUCUGAAACUAAUUGGAUAAUUACAGUUUUGAUCAUAAUUGUUUUGCUCUUCUGAAUGUCUGGUGAGGGCAUAAUUCUGACUCUGGGUGACCUUGAUGAGCUGGCUCUUGUUUUGUGACGGGUUAGGAGAUGUCAGGCACAGAGAGCACACAUUUGAAAUAAAAACGGAUUCUGAUUGUGCCCCUUAAUUUUACCUGACAGGCUUUUGAGACGUGUGAGUAGUGGAAAACAGAAAGUACCUCAGCUAUGUAGCUAUUGCAUGGAAAGCCUCCCAUAAUUAUAGCAUGCAUAUUCCUAAAAAGAUGGACACGGACACUGUGACACACACACUCACACAUAAAAGCAGGGUAAACAAGGGAAUAGGAGGAGAAGAGGAUUUUCUCUGCGCUAGUAUGUAUUUUUAUAUUUGCGGUGGUUGAAAUGACCUGUUAUUUAUCCUAUAUCACAUAAAGCGGUUGGAUUUUGAAAGCACUCUUGUUCCUUCUCCUGUACAGUUUUCUAUGAGUUGUAAAUAAAGACAUUGCCUUAUUGCACUGUAUUCAUAACUAUGUGAAAAGAUCAACACAGGGUAUGUCUGCUUGUUGGAAUUACACGAAACGCUGUAAGACUCCUAAAGUCAAAAUGUAAAAAAAAAAAAAAUGCUAUUUACACAUUCCCUCUUCGUUGUAGCUUUGCUGUAAAUAAUAAAAAUCCUUUCAAAUAUAAAAUGUUACUCCCAGCUCAUCUGUUGUAUGUACUAGCUUGUAAAAAAAAAAAAAAAAAGUAUUCAUGCUCCCUUAACUUUAUUCAUAUUUUUAAAUAAAACCACAAACUUGGAUGUAUUUAUUAAGUUAAAACAAAACAAAGUACAGCAUGAUUGUGAAGUGGAAGGAAAAUAAUGUAUGGUUUUCAAAAUACUUUUCAACCAAAAUCCAAUUCAUUUCAAUUUUACUCACAUAUACCUAAAUAAAAUCCAGUGCAACCUACUGCAUUCAAACAUCACAUAAGUAAAAAGAGUCUACCUGUUAUAUAGUUUAAUCUCAGUAUAAAUCCAGCUGUUCUGUAAGAGCCUGAGAGGUUAUUCACAGAUGUUCUCCAUCCAAUCUCACUGGCCUUUAGCUUUUCAGCAAAAAAUAAAUUUCAGUCUGGACAUGACAAGUUGUUGGGAGACAAUUUUGUAUUUGUAAAAAAAAUUGAAAACCGUGUAUUUUUAUUGGUUUUCAUCCACUCCACAAUUAUGCUCUACUUUGGUCUAUCACAUAAAAUAACAAACAAAUACACUGACUUUUGUGAUUGUAAAGUGGCAAAAUGUUCUUCAAAGGUUAUGAAUACCUUUGCAAGCCUCUGUAAUUUGCUUACAUUAACAGCAAACUUGUUUUAUACAUUUUGGAGCUAUUUGUCAAAAUUUUUAGCUGAGCUGAAUCUAGAAAAACCUCAAUGCCACCUUUCGCCAUUAGGGAGAAAAAGGAAGGAAUGAUAAUGGGUUCACAUAUUGUAGAUAUGUUUAUACUGCUUAAUUUGUACUGUAUUGCACCGACUACGCCAAAACAAAUUCCUUGUAUGUCCAAAAACGUACUUGGCAAUAAAGCUUUUCUGAUUCUGA